AUGGAAAUCUAUAUUUUGGCUUCACAUAAAUUCGUGUACGAGUAUACAAAUUCUGGAUCUGCCCUUGUCUCACAUAUGCCUGACUACUUUGGGGCGUAG